AUGGACAACUAUUUAUAUACGUAUAAUUUGCCUUCUGGAGAGGGUUUUAAAAAGGUUGAAACAUAUCGCGACUUUAAAAGUAUUUUGCAUGAAAUGGCAAAAUCCAUUACCAAUCAAAUAUUUAAAAUUGGUUGGCAAAGUCUCGGUGAUUUAUUAUUUCAAAAAGUUAGUGCUUAUUUGGAAAAUUUAGAAUUAAAGCUUACGAUAAAACAAAAGAAGGAUGCCCCUCCAUUACAUAAUAUGAUUUAUCAUAUAAGGGAAAACUUCAAAUAUCUUUCGAUUGGGAAUGAUGAUUAUUGUUUAAAUCCAUUAGAGUACCAUGUUAAAGUCAAUUCAAGUAUUUUAACGGGUUUAGGUCGAAACUUAUCAAAAUCCUUGAAAUAUUUAAAUCUAAGUCUAACAACCAUUUAUCCGAAGGAUUAG